AUGCUUAUCAAUGGCGGCACCAAUAACACAUGUCAAAAAUCAACUUCAACAGCAACACCGCCAGUCACCGCAACAACAACAACGACAACGGUGACGACGCCUUCAAUAUUUAGAACUAGAAAGUCCUCCCUGGCAGCGGAUGAAGUUGAUGCAACAUCUGCCAACAGCAACAACAAAACAAAAACCCUGGAACAAGAAAUUGAAGUUAAAAAUGUGGACGGCGUUAAUGUUGACAAAACUAACCACACAACAUCAAUGUCCGCAAACAACUCAAGUGCCUUAUCAUCCUCCGUACAACUGAGAACAUCGAGUACAGCUGGUGGUAAUGCAACCGCCACCUCAGCUACCAUUCCACGUUGUAGUCUUAAGCAAUACGGAAGCGUUAAUGCAACAACCUCAUCGACAAAUCCACCAACCAUGACAGUUGAUAAUCCUAACGAAUCUUUCGAGGAGGACCAAGCCGGCUCCACCACUUUAUUCGCAAAUGUCACAAAUGGCGAUAACAGCCCCUCGUCGUCGUCGUCGUUAGCCGCUACCACCGAACAAUUGGCUGAAUCGGCCUCAAAUUGUCGCAGUAAAUUAGAAGCAUUGGCCAAUUUGGAUUUGCCAUUUAAUUUAAGCAAUUUGCCAUUGGAUAUUGACGACGAUGACGAUCCAUAUUUUGUACUGCAAGAAUAUUUGGAACGGGUUAAGGUAAGUGGUCAAUAG